AUGGAAUGUUGGGGAAGUGGCCCCAAGAUAAUUCAAAACCCCGAGCUUGAAGAAGGAGAGGCUUGCUAUCACAAGGAUGAUACAAGCAUUGACCCUGAUGUUGCUCUCUCUUACCUUGAUGAUAAGGUUCAAAGUAUUUUGGGCCAUUUUCAGAAAGAUUUUGAAGGAGGAGUUUCUGCUGAAAAUUUGGGGGCAAAAUUUGGCGGGUAUGGUUCAUUUUUACCAACAUCUCAACGUUCUCCUUCUGUUUGGUCUCAGCCAAAAUCUCCGCUAAGAGUUCAAAAACCCAGCACACCAAUAUCUCCUAAUUAUUUUCCUCCAGAGGGUAUCCCCCAUCAUUCUGUGGUGCUCCCCAAUGUGGCUUUUUCUCAUAGGAAUUGUGCUAAUGCACCCCCUGGUGUACAUCCUUUACAAAAUCUAAAGGCCCCAUCAGGGGAUGGUUCAUUCAGACAAGAUGCUUUCUUGUCUGAUAAAGUUGCUGAGUCUUGUCCCAUUAAACCUGGAUUUCUUUCAAGUAAGUCAGAUAAUCAAACUGACCAAAGAAAAUUAAAGGUUCGUAUCAAAGUGGGUUCUGAUAGGACAACACAACGGAAUGUUGCGAUCUACAGUGGUCUGGGGCUUAUAUCUCCAUCUUCCUCAGCAGGAAACAGUCCCGAGGAAAGUGGUGGAAUUUCAUGUGAACUUCAUGAGAUCCCUGAUGAAUCUCCAUCCAGAAUCCUUAAGCUAAUGACUUCGUUCACGGUUUCUGGAGUCCUACUUUCACCGCUUCAUGAAGAUUUGCUCAACUUAGUAAGAGAGAGAAAAUCUCCUGUAGAUAGUAUGCCUACAGCUGCCCUCAAGGGUGCGCACAACCACUCUGUUGUACCUUUUCAUGAUACAAAUCCUAGGCUUUGGAAUGGGGAUGUUUUGAGAGGGUAG